AUGUUCCGGAAGAAGCUACUACGUGAGAAUCACGGUAUCGAGCGCUCAGAAACCAGGCACAAAAACCCUACCGGAAUUCACGAGGUCCGAUCCGACGCGGGAACGUUGGAGUGCGUCUUCCCUUGUGUAAGUGAGUUUAGUGUCGGAUUCGUAUCGGUGGUGGGAAAUAAAUGGCGAGUUGCGGAUUCACCCAGAGAUAUAAUUGCCAAGAGUAGCUCGAGUAGCAAUCUUUUAUUGACACGAAAUUUCUGUGCGAAUUACCAUCAAUCAUAUCAAGAAGUUGUAUCCUCAGAUUUCGAGGAAAUGUUCAUCUCUCAGAGAGCCGGCUGGAAGAGGAAAGGAAUGCGAGAGGAGGGUUAA